CUCUGGGCUUUAUGAUUAACAAAUAUCCAGGAGCCAACCAGUGAGGUGCAACUCAGGUCUGCUCACCAGUUGUUAGGCAGACCCAGGCUCUCUGUACUUCAUGCGACCAGAGGCUGAUGCCCUUCCAGACACUCUUGGUUGUGCAGUAGCAGGCCUCAGGGAAAGUGCCAGGCAGGUAUACCAGUCUCUCCUGGAUGCCGAGAUUUGAGACCCAGAAAUCUCCCAUGGCUCCUUAUCACAUCCGCCAGUACCAGGACAGCGACCAGAAAAGUGUCCUGGAUCUGUUCAUAAGAGGAAUGGAGGAGCACAUCCCUGCCACCUUCCGCCACCUACUGACGCUGCCCCGGACCCUCCUCCUCUUACUUGGGGUGCCGCUUGUCAUGGUCCUGGUGUCUGGCUCCUGGCUGCUAGCUGCUAUAAGCAUCUUCUUUGUGCUCCUUCUGCUGAAGCUCUUUGUCAGACAGCCAUGGAAGGAGUAUGUGGCCAAGUGUUUGCACACAGACAUGGCUGACAUCACCAAGUCCUACAUGAAUGCCCGUGGCUCUUUCUGGGUUGCUGAGUCUGGGGGAGAGGUGGUGGGCAUCGUGGGUUGUCUGCCAGUCAAGGAUCCCCCAUUAGGGAGGAAGCAGCUGGAGCUCUUUCACCUGUCUGUGUCCUCACAGCAUCGAGGACAGGGGAUAGCAAAAGCACUGGUCAGAACUGUCCUCCAGUUUGCACGGGACCAGGGUUACAGUGAUGUUGUCCUUGGGACUACCGUCCUGCAGCGAGGCGCUAUGGCCCUCUACCUGAGUAUGGGCUUCAGGAGAACAGAUCGGUACUUCUUGAGUAUAUACUGGAGGUUAGUAGACAAUCCUACAAUUCAAUUAAAGCAUCCCCUGCCUCCUGCCUAGUAAGUGGGACUGGGACCUAAGCUCCUUUGCAGCAAACAGGUCCUGCUUCAUGUUCCAGGAACCAGUGAACCCUGUCAUGCCAGCGUAAUGAACAAUAAAAGCUCCCUGCUGGUGCACACGA